UUUUUUAAUGUCUCUAUGCUGCUGUCGCGAGGCGAGUAUGAAAUUAUGACUCGCCUAUGGGUAGUGUGCGUUCUCGCCGUAUCAUUGGCCAGCGUUGCUUCAGGCCGCCGGAGGCGACAAAGUAGUGACAGCUCCGGUAACAGUGGCUAUUACACAGGAAGCUUCCACGGACCUGAAGGCUACAGCAGUGGCAGUUAUGCUGACUUGAGCAGUAGCUUCCCAGGAAGUAGCGCCUACGGUGGUGACAUCAACAGUGGUGCUGCUUUCAGCAAUGGCGUUUACGGCAACUACGGCUAUGGUAGUGGUUAUAGAAAUGGAGCCUACGGGAAUCGGUACCCUGGCCUCUUCUAUGGAGGUUAUGGUCUUGGCGGUGACAGAGGCGGCUACGGUGGCGCUGUAGCAAGCGGACGCCUCGGGGGUGGUGGAUUCGGCGGUAGCUACGGCGGUAUCAGAGGUGGCCGAGGCCUCAGUAGUGAGGGAUUCCGCAGAGGCUACGGUAGUGGGGGACUCGACGGAGGCUACGACAGCGGUGGAGCCGUUGGAGUGCACACUGGGGGCGGAGCCGGUACACGCUUCGUCGGUCCCUUAGUAGGCGGUGGCCUUGGUAGCGGAGGGUUAGUUGGAGGCCGCGCUGGGGCCGGAACCGGCAGAGGCCACACUGCUGGUAGAGGCCGCGCUGGGGGCAGAGCCAGUGCAGGCUACAGUGGCAGCGGAGUCAGUGGAAGCCAUGAUAGUUGGGGUUUCGGCGGAGACCAUGUUGGUGGUGGAGCUGGUGGGGGCUAUGGUUUAGACGGAGUCAGUGGAAGCCUCGGUAAUGGUGUACUCACUGGAGUUCCCGCUGGUAGAGGAAAUGGUGCGGGCUAUGGUUUAGGCAGAGUCAGUGGAAGCUUCGGUAAUGGUGUACUCACUGGAGGUGAAGCGGGUAGAGGAAACGGUGCGGGAUAUGGUUUAGGCGGAGUCAGUGGAAGCAUCUUCAAUGGUGACGCUGGUAGAGGAAACGGUGCGAGCUAUGGUUUAGGUGGAGUCAGUGGAAGCCUCGGUAAUGAGGGGUUCAAUGAAGGCCACGCUGGUGGUAGAGCCGGCAUGGGCUACGGAGGUCGCGCAGUCGGUAGGGUUCAUGCUGGUGGCCGAGGCAGUGGGCGCGGCAGAGGAGUGAGCAGUGGCUACAGCAGUGGCGGAGUCAGCGGAGGCUUCGGAGGUGGCGAAGUCGGCGGAAGCUAUGAUGGUGGCUCUGAUUACGGGGCUGGUCAGAGAGGCGGCAACGGCCGCCAGAGUAGGAGACUAAUUUGGCGCCAGCAGCAACAGCAACGACGACAACAGCAGCAACAGCGACAACAACGCCGACGACUACGUCUGCAGCAACGACAACAACAACGAGAGCGCCAGCAGCAGCUGCGAUUACAGCGACGACAGCGGAAGCAGGAGCAGAAGCGGCAAAACGCACGACAGCAGCAGCAGGAGGAGUAGUACGGAUCUAGUACUCCGUGAUUAACUCCCAUUAAAGCAAGUGUAGACGUGCUGAUGGGAAGGCGCCAGUGGUACAAAUAAAGAAGCCUUCCCUAAUUCCCUAGAAAACCAAACACUUGUGUUUUUCAUACCUGCCCUUCUUAUCACAUGAACACAACAUAUGUUUGCACUUUAAUAUUACCAGGCGUCAUUGCAAAUUGCGGAGGAGGAGUGCAAGCAAUAUCCGCCUCUAUAAAAACAUGGUAUUGAUAUCGGCAUAGACUGAUGUAGCUGCGGUCACGAAUGCCCUGGCGAUUGGCUGUGGAAAUAAGCGAGAUAGACACAAUAAGGGGAUUGAUUACAGACCAGGAAGUUUAGUAACAAAGGGCGAUGUGCAAGCGCUGCCUGUUCCUGUUCUCUACCCCUCUCCCAGCAGUUACAUGUGAAUCAAUAAAAAAAUGGCUUACAGCAAAGCGUUUCGCUGAA